UUUGUUUGACGUGACACUCCCCCCAUGUCGAUGGGAGGCCGACGUCACCCUUCCAGCGGAGGAGUGGAUGGCCUCUGUAAUAAAAAUACGCGAAGAGAAUUGAGGAAAAGGAGAAGAUUGGUCCGGGGGAAACCGAGCAACAACACAGCGUUUGUAUCGCUUUCUUCUCACCCUCGCUGCGGAGUCGUGGACGUUUGAACCGCAUUUUAACGCAAACUGGGAUAUAUUUGCGGACAUCGGGAGCUCCGGCUGAAAUCCCAUGUUAUGUGUGGCUUUCUUGUUUGUUUGUUUUUUGUGUGUGUGUGUGUGUUUUUUUUUGAGCAGACAGAGAUAGAUAACUGUACUGUAUCCCAGCCUAGCGGAUUGGAGUGAAAGUCCGCCAUAUUCAGCCUUACCACGCCCGGGAGUCGAGCCCUUGGAAAAUAAACCGACAGCUUUAUUCAUGUGGUUUCCCCGGUGCCAUAACCCACGGAUGAUAACUUGAACAGGAGGGAUUUUUGUUGAUUGGAAGAAAAAAAAAUUGCAACAUUGAAGACUUUUUGGAGAGAGAGAGAGAGAGAGAGAGGUGGCCGGGCACGGAUGGCACAACGCUUAACGAGAUCACACAGAGGCAGUACGGAGGAUGUGUCUUAAAAGGAUCUGUUGAUCAUAUUGAGAAGGAAAAGCAGAUUACACCAAUUAAGAUUUGCACAGAUAUUCAACACAGAGCACUUUUGGACACUGUUUUGAAGCUGUCGGGAGGGCCAGAAAGCGAACUGAAACAAGGGGGGACGGGGGUGGGUGGGGGGGGAAUCAUUUCUCAAAUAUCUUAUUUUUCCCCUCUCCGGCACAAUCUGUGCGCUGUUCACACUCAUUAUAAGGGCGUCCACGCCUUAUUUCACCACAACCAGGCCCGUAUGAGGACGUUAUUUUGCAUUCACAGGCCUCUUGUUGUUGUUGUUGUUGUUGUUGUUUUGUUUGUUUGUUUGUUUGUUUUUUCCCACCCCUCCUACUCCGACGAAUCUGAAAUCUGAAUGAAUCAGUAAAGGAGGAGGGGGGAAAAAAGCGGAAAAAGUGCGUGUUUUUUAAAAACAAAAAAAACAAAACAAACAACAAAAACAAAAACCACAAGGAGAGAGAAUGACCCUGGAAUCCAUAAUGGCGUGUUGCCUCAGUGAAGAGGCGAAAGAAGCCAGGCGGAUCAACGACGAGAUCGAGAGGCAGCUCCGCCGGGAUAAGAGGGACGCACGCCGGGAACUGAAACUGUUGCUUCUCGGCACUGGGGAAAGUGGGAAGAGCACAUUCAUCAAACAAAUGAGGAUUAUCCACGGCACCGGUUACUCAGACGAGGACAAAAGGGGUUUCACCAAACUGGUCUAUCAGAACAUCUUCACAGCCAUGCAGGCAAUGAUCCGAGCAAUGGAGACGCUCAAGAUCCCCUACAAAUAUGAGCACAACAAGGGCAACGCCAACAUUGUGAGAGAGGUGGAUGUAGAAAAGGUCGGCAUGUUGGAGAAUCCUUAUGUAGAUGCAAUCAAGAGCUUAUGGAAUGACCCGGGGAUCCAGGAGUGCUAUGAUCGAAGGAGGGAAUAUCAACUCUCAGACUCCACUAAAUAUUACCUGAACGCGUUGGACCGGAUUGCAGAGCCAGCCUACCUUCCCACCCAGCAGGAUGUGUUGAGGGUUCGAGUCCCCACCACGGGCAUCAUUGAAUACCCGUUUGACCUGCAGAGUGUCAUAUUCAGGAUGGUGGAUGUUGGAGGUCAGAGGUCGGAGAGGAGGAAGUGGAUCCACUGCUUUGAGAACGUCACAUCCAUUAUGUUCCUGGUAGCGCUCAGCGAGUACGACCAAGUUUUGGUGGAAUCAGACAACGAGAACCGGAUGGAGGAGAGUAAAGCUCUGUUUAGGACAAUAAUCACAUACCCCUGGUUCCAAAACUCCUCAGUCAUUCUCUUCCUCAACAAGAAGGACCUGUUGGAGGAGAAGAUCAUGUACUCCCAUCUGGUUGAUUACUUUCCAGAGUAUGAUGGUCCUCAGAGGGAUGCCCAAGCAGGGCGAGAGUUUAUCCUCAAGAUGUUUGUGGACCUGAAUCCAGACAGCGAUAAGAUCAUCUACUCUCACUUCACCUGUGCCACUGACACAGAGAACAUCCGUUUCGUCUUCGCCGCCGUCAAAGACACCAUCCUGCAGCUCAACCUAAAGGAGUACAACCUGGUGUAGAGCGGAGCGGUGGCCGCCAGCAGAGGAGGCCCUCAGCACACACUGACUGACACAAUCUGUGAAAAGAUACAUCAUAUACACACACAUGAAAAGAAAAUCAGAAAAAAAAAAUCUAUUGGUUGCAUAAUACUAAUUUAUUUGCCAUUUGUUGAUCUCUUGGUCCCCAAGGGUUGAGCAAAGUAAAUGGUAUCUUGCUAUUUAAGGAGUUAAUGAAAUCUAGCGAGGGGGAGGGGGCAAGAUAUUUGGAAGAGUCGGGGAGGGAUUUGCUGUUGAAAAUGUACAGCAAUGAUCCUUGUUUCUAUGCUUUACGCAUUGUGAAGUUUUUGGGGUUUUUUUUGAUGGAAAGAAAGAAACUACUUUGUGCACUCGAGGUUUAGGGGGCCUGUCAGUCUGAUACAUCAGAGCUGGAACGAAUGCAAUGUGCUCCCUCCCUCCUGCCUUUUUAUAAACAGAGAAAAAAAGGUUUUCAUUCCUUUUUUUUUUAACCCUCCCCUCCUUACCUGUUGGUUCAUUCUGAAGCUUUGUCCCGGGCGUUUACCUGUAUGCCCCACAGGAAAUGAUGUAACACAUCUCUAAUUGACAGCUUCACCUUUUUCCUUCAAAGGACUGAUUGGCAUAAACUGUGAUUUUUAAAUGAUUUCAUAUUGAUUUGGUAUUGAUUGACUUGAAUCAUUAUUAUUAUUAUUAUUAUUAUUAUUAUUAUUAUUAUUAUUAUUUUUUUAUUAUUAUUAUAACUACAUUGCAUUCACUUUGGUACCAUCUGAUGAGUAGAGCAUGUGUGACCGUGGAAGUACAUUCUUCACAUUAUGCGGUGUGUCGUGUGUUGGGUCACAUGUCAGUUCUCGGCAUAACCAUGAAGUUCAGACGUGUCAGAGUCUUUAAAAAGUCUUUGAGCGACCAUGUGAGGAGGCACACAGGGACCUCUACUCUGUCAUGAUGAAGGUCAUGAUGGAGCUGGUUGCUUUACACAGACUGAAGGUAGUUGAAGAGGUAAUAAUUUAAGACGAUGGUUUUAAAUGAUUAUGUUAAACUGUGCCACAUUAACACUUUUUGUUAUGGUAAUAUGUAUAUUUAUUGCCGAUGCCAAAACAACUCAAGCACCAGUCUUCACUUUGCGCUGUUCACUAAUGUUGAGGACAGGAACAGAGCAGGGCUUAAGAAACGCAGAAGGAGCGGACUGACUGACUCAUUGAUCGACCUGCAGUUUUUUUUUUUUUUUAAGUAUUCAACAAUGGUAUUCCCUCCAUGCACUCACAACUUGAGCUGACUUAAGCUACAGUUAGUUAGCAGGCUGUUUGGAGAUGAGGACGCCACCCAGUGCGCUGAAUUGCUUGGAACUGUCCAAUCACAACCUUGCGUGUUGGGUACAAAACCCCUCCCCCUGGCCUGCAGACUAUCCAGUCACAUUUUAGCUGUGUCUAUCGUCCAAUCACAGCCCGGCUGUCUUGACUGUUGUAGUUCAAUAGCAGUGGCGAAUAGAUUUGGCUUAUUCCAACAAGAGUGUUGAUGUUGAGUUUGUACCAAAGUAAGCCCUUCUUGUUUCUGAUUGGCUCCUCUGAUUUGCAAUUCCUCAUUCCUAAGUUACUUUUGUAUUUUUUUUGUAACAGUUCCCUUGAACAUAAGCCUGUAAUUUACAUUUAUUGAGGCAUAGUGCAAUUAUGAAUGCUAUAAUCAUUGUACAUACAUCUCUCUAUAUAUAUGGCAGCAUCUUUGUUGGCUUUGUAAUCAUUACUUUUUUGGCAGAUUGAGUGUGAGGUAUUGAAAUUAUGUAUCUAUGUAAUUGUAUUGUAUGUCUUAUGGCUAAUUCAUUUUUGGAAGAAAAAAUAUGUUAUUUACAUGUUUGUUUUUGUUUCCUUUUUAAGAGGAGAAUAUAGAUUUUGUGUUUUGCCAGUUUCAUUUCUCAGCAAAGAAACAUUGUUCAGCUUCAGAACAGCAUAAAGAGGAAUAUUAUAAUCCAACAACAGAUUGACUGGUAUGCCAGUAUUUAUAGUAGCCGGUCUGUUAACAUUUAAAUUUAUGUGUAAAACUGCAGACUGAAUCCAAUCUACAGGGCUAAUUGUAAUAGUUUAGUUCUUAACUGGCUUCAGGAACAGAGCACUUGUCAUAUAGGAGUAAUCACAUCACACUUUGAUUCUUAUUCUUUGGUAUUUGAUUUCAUUACACAGCCUCUCAAUAAGUAUUGAUUAACUUUGAGAUUUCACACCAAACAUCUUUGUAGGCAGGCAGCAAAGUGUUUUGUAUAAAAAUCUUGUUAAGGAGGAGAUUUUAGUAUCUGAUUGUUUGUGCUAACAGUGCCAUCGUCCUUUACAUCCCCUCAAAUGAACCUCCACGCUGAUAAAAACUCAGUAUUGUAGUCUGUCACUGACCAGUGUACACAGAUGUGCAAAAAUGACUCAACCAUUUGGCCUAAUUAGGAUGAUACAUUUACAGGUGCUUUAUUUCUUUCUGUUUUUUUUUUACUUAAUUUUCAUCUUGAUUGCCACCAUUUCAUUAGAAUGUACAGUAUUAUUUGAGACUUUAUUUAUAAAAAUGACUACAAAGGAGAAAAUACACAACAGUUCACAUGUACAUAUUGCCUUAUUGAAUAAGCCGUGCCUCUGAAGUCCCGUGCAAGGCACCUGUGUGUUUUUAUGAGAAGUGAAGCUAGUGCAGCCAAUAAUGUCCCAUUGUGCAGCUGGAGGAUUGUUUGGUUUUGGCUUGGUGGUCUCUCUUUGUUAUUCUGUGCUAUAAGAAGACCUGGGAACAGCUUUGAACAGUGUAGCUCAUGUAGCUAAUAUGCCAUUAUAAGCACAUCAUGAGUGAAUUGUAAUCAGAACACACUUUUUUUAAAUUAAUUUCGUAAUGUUGUCACAUCAGAUUCAUCAUGUCUUAAAGCCUAUGCCAGAGUGCAUUAUAUUGCAUUGAACCUGUGCUUGUAAGGUGUCCCAAUCUAGACUUAAAAUCACCACCAGCCACCUGUGGAGUGUUUUUUUGACAUUUGGCUGUGGUUUGGCAUCUACAAGCCACUUUGGCAGGGAACCAGCCCUCGCUUGGAGGUCCUGUUGUUCUCAGAUAUUUCAGCUGGCUGGUGAAAAUGCUUACAUAGAUGCUUGAUUUUGGCAGGCAGCAACCACUUCAACAAUUUAAUGUCCAGUCCAGUUCACAGUGUACUUGAAGUGAAUGAAGAUCUUACAAUAAACUGUCACUUUUAACUUAAAGGGAAAAUCCUUGUUUAAACAAUUCAUACUACAUUCAGCCCACUGAGCUUUGACUGUCCACCCCAUGUGAGCCUCCAAAAGUAAUUCAGAAAGCAAAAGUGAUAAAACCGGGAAUGUGUGAACUCAUAGUGAAUCUAGGAUUAACAUUGUGGUUUAACUUUUUUUACACAACGUUGAAAGUAAAUAGUAAGAAUCUGUAUUUUAGUGGCAAAUUUUAAAAUUAUAAUUGGAUUUUGUCAGAUAAAUAUGAGCCACAAAGGGCUGUUUCCAAUCUUUGUGAGUGACUUUGUUCUCAUCAUUACUCUGAGCAUAUGUGAGUUAUAUUCAGGCUGGAUUUUCCCUUUAAGAGAGUACAGAUUCCAGCUGGUGUUGACUUGCUGACACCAAUGGAAACGUGUGCUGCUGUUUAAAUUUUAUGCAGUAUGUUUAAGAGCAGUGUUGCAUACAGUAUAUAGAGGACAAUGUUAUGUAGACCUGCAGGGUCGAGUUUGGGGAAGAUAACUUUCCAUCAACUGCUCUUUUACUCAAGUCUGAAACACUUAGCUUACUCUUGGCUUUCUUUGCCUCCGAAUCAUGAAGAUAUGAAGUUAAAUGACUCAUUUUGAAAUAGUGCUAUUAUAAUGAUCUCCUAUCAGAAUUGUGUAACAUGUUUCCUGUAUCCAUAAACUUGGACUCAUUCAACAUGUUUAUGAAUGAAGCAACAUGUUUCUUUUCAAAAGUAUGUUGACUUUUUUAUUUUCUGUCAUUUUACACCUAUCAUUUCUCGUCAGUGGGUAAUUCAAUGCCUUUAAAUCUAUAGCAUUACUCCCCAUCACAGUUUGGGUUUGUGACUGAUAUCACAGCAUGAGCAUAAUGCUUUCUCAUUCUCGCCAGAUGUAUUUAAACUCCAAUUUGUAUUACAAAACUCUGUCAAGCUCAGAACGUCUACCUAAAGUGAACACAGAUGUGAUUUGUGUUAAUAAAGUUCAAUAGAAUGUGCCCCGAGCAUAUUGCCAAGCAACAUGUUAGUUGAAGUUGCCUCUUAGAGGUCAAUUUAGCUCCUUUUCCUCCUGUUAUCUUAGGUAAUUUAUAUUUUUUACAUGCAGACUCCCUCAAAAAGAAAAAAAGAGAGACAACAGAAUACUUUAUGAGAAAAUAUUCAUCCUUGGCUGGCUGGGAGAAGAGUAGAGUUAAGUAAACAAAGCUAUUGUUUACUUUCUGAUUUAAAACAUAUAACCAUGAAGGAAGUUUAUUUAGAUGAAAACUACUUUUGGUUGAAAAUCAAAGCAACAACUCCUCAAAAAUUCAUCACAUUUCAUAAAUUCACAGAUUUUCUUUUAUCCUUGAAGGACUGAUGUUCACGUUCUAAAUGAUCUCUCCAGGAUCACGCGGAAGAAAACAACUUGUGAUGAGCCGGAUUCCCCGUUGCAAAAUGCUCAACUUGACUCAAUGGAAAAGUGAAAUCUGUACCCGCUGAUGAUAUCUCAUUCAGUCUUUCUGUUUUUGUAAAUGUUCUUGUUGCAAAGCAAUCAUGAUGACACACAGAGCGGUCCGAACUUCUCAAAAAUGUAUGUAUUGAGAACGUUCAAAAAGAGGCAAAAGUGUGGAUAAACAGAGAGUAAAUUGCACAAAAAAGCCUAAA